AUGCAAAGUGAAAUAUUAUUUCGAAAAUACCCUCGUUCUAUUGCCCUUCGACCAAUUCAAUUUGAAUCUGAUGGUAACCCCUACGAAAAAUCAAAUCCUUUAUUAUUAUUAUUUGAUCAAGUAGAACAAAGUUAUAACGAUUCUUCAUUACAAUGUAAUGUAAGACUUUUACGUGAAUCCGAGGCUGAUAUAGGGGACUAUCGGCCACUUGGCUCGAGAGCUGUUUAUGGGUGCCUUGGAUUGCUUCAAGUUGAACAAGAUAUGUUCUUAGCUGUUGUAACAGAGUGUCGUCUCGUUGGGGCAAUUCGUCCGAAUGAGUCUGUUUUUCGAAUUAUUGAUGUAGAAUUUCAUUCGCUUACCAAUAGUACACGGUAUUCUGUUUCGGCAUACCCCGGCAAUUACGAUUACAAUUCUUUCAAUGAUCAAUUGCCACAACAAUCCUACGAGCAUCCAUGUGCACAAUUAAGAAAGUUACUAUCAAAUGGUCACUUUUAUUUUUCUUCAGAUUUUGACUUAACCAAGUCUUUGAACGUUAGGUCAACAAUAUCAUCGGCAGAUAAAUAUACUUAUGACGAACAUUUCCUAUGGAAUAAGUUUAUUAUUGGUGAAUUGUUGAACUUUAGAUCUAAGCUUGAUAAAUUAAAACAAUUAGAAAUGGACAAUUGCGGUUUUUUAGUAUUAGCUAUUCAGGGAUAUGUCGGAAUGGAAGAUACAAUAAUUGGUUCAUCAAGUGUAUCUUUAUCACUCAUAUCUAAAUUAAGUUGUAAACGUGCUGGAACAAGGUUCAAUAUUCGUGGGUUAGACGAUGAUGGCAAUGUUGCUAAUUUUGUCGAGACUGAAACAAUAUUACAACUGCCUAAAACUUGCUUUUCUUAUAUCCAAAUUCGCGGGAGCGUCCCAGUAUUCUGGGAACAGCAGGGAUUACAAAUGAUGGCUCACAAAAUUCAGAUAUCACGCGGUCCUGCUGCGACACAACCUGCUGUCGAACGUCAUUUCAAUGAACUGCAGAGCAGAUAUGGCAAUGUACAUAUCGUAAAUCUUCUUGGUAUCAAAGAGGGAGAAUAUGCAUUGAGCAAAGAAUAUAAAGCUCGUAUCAUAGAUUUAAAUGGAAAUGGUUUAGAAAAUCGUGUAUUGCUUACAGAUUUUGAUUUUAAUUCAAUCUGUAAAACUGGCAAUUAUGAAAAUAUGGUACAUUUAUUUAGCAUGAUUGGUGAAAGAAUAGAAGACUUUGCAUUUUUUGCUCAGGAUAUGGAAUCAAAUUGUCCUAUAUUUUAUCAAAAAGAAGCGCUGAAUACAUAUGUUAGACUUAUGGGAGAUAUUUCGUCGUUUGAUAUUGAAAAUCUCCAUUCUCGACAUUCUACUUUAUGGGCGGAAAAUGGUGAUAGUCUAUCAAAAAUUUAUACUGGUACUGGAGCUCUCAGAUCAGAAUACACUCGAAGUGGAAAGGUCACGUGGGCAGGUGUCCUUACUGAUGCCACAAAGACCGUCAACAGGUUUUAUAUCAAUAACUUUCAAGAUAAGUCAAAACAGGAAACUAUUGAUUUGUUACUUGGAAAAUUGUUAAACUCCAAAGAAAUUGAGAUCCAUGAUCCAGUUAAUGAGUUGAUACGUGAAGACAUGCUAAAUAGGCUAAACGACUAUUCUUCGAAGUCUACGAUAAAUGUAUAUGUCGGUUCAUACAAUUUGAAUGGACGUCUACCGUCCGGAGAGUCUCUUUCACCUUGGUUAUUCGCUUUUAAUGACCACGAACCGGAUCCUCAUUUAUUUGUAAUCGGUUUCCAGGAGAUUGUCGAAUUAAAAGCGCAACAGAUUGUUUCAGCUGAUCCAGAAAAAUUACGCAUUUGGGAGAAAGAAAUAAGUAAAGUCUUAAAUAGUCGUCCUGGUCAACGUUCUAAUUAUGUAAUACUGCGGUCAGGACAGUUAGUUGGUACUGCAUUAGUUAUUUACGCGAGAUCCGAUAUUGUAUCCAACAUACGCAAUGUUGAAUAUGUAAUGAAAAAAACGGGUUUAGGUGGCAUGGCUGGAAAUAAAGGUGGCGUAGCUAUUCGUCUUGAUUAUCAUGAUACGAGCAUAUGCUUUGUUACAGCACAUUUGGCGUCUGGUCAAUCAAACUUAGAAGAUAGGAAUAAAGAUUACCAUACUAUCAAUGAUGGAUUAAUAUUUCGAAAUGGUCGUCGCCUUACACAUCAUCAACAUGUCGUUUUUUUUGGAGAUUUUAACUAUCGCAUAGAUUUAGGAAAUGAUGAG